AUGGAUAUGGGAGCAAAGAAUAUAAAUGAAGAAAUUUUUGACACGCUCAUCAAAUACAAAGAUUGGUUUUCUUGUCUGAUCAAUGCUGUCAGUGAACCUACGCUUAACCAGACGGAUCUUGUACAAAGAUUUAGUGAUCUUAAAGAUAAUGUGCUUAAACAGUCUGGGGCAUCAACUACACAGCUCCCGUCGUCAUCUACGAAAGCAUGCGAUACUAAACAUUCUUCAAUCCCUGAUGGCAUGAGUAUUUCAGAAUUUCAAGAUCGAGUAAAUCUCGUCAACGACGAACUAGCUGUCGCAAUGAAAGACACGUUUGUACGUCGUAUAAAUGCCAGGUCCUUUUUACGAUACACCAAGAUGUAUGAAAGCGGUAUCUUUACUAAAGAAGAUUACAGUUACUUCGAUUUAGCGGGUAAAGAAGAACCGUCAAAUUUAAACGGAUAUAUUUUCGACACACUGAUCAAGUACAAAGGAUGGUUUAACUGCUUAAUCGGCGCUGUUGGUCAUCCCUCUCUAAACCAAGAAGAUCUGGUCGGAAAGUUUACAGAAUUGAAAGAUGAGGUUCUGGAAACGUUGAUCUCAAGGUCAAAGGCUACAUCUUCGUCCGUCAUUCAAACACAAGCGAAGAAAAAAGCAAUAAAAACAUCUGAGCCCAAUGAAACAUUGACAGAAAAAUAUGGUAAUUGA